AUGUGCCGGGGCACCGACAGUUGUGCGGGACAAAGUCGACUUUCAGGCGGACAUACGAUUCGCAGACAGAAGGGAUCUGGCGCCACGAUGCAGGGUCUGAGUUCCCGGGCGCACUUGUUUUCGGUGGAGGCGCUGGUCGGGAAGCCCUGCAAGAGGAUGAAACUGUCGGAAGAGCACGAGUCAAGUUCAGCUGGAGACGCCGGCAGCGAUACGAGCAUCUUGACCGGCCUGAGCCAGAUGAAGAACACGACGACGGCAGAGGAGUCGCCGGGUGACCCGCAGAGACAGACCGUGAGAUCGGGUGCCGAAGAGGAGGACCCCAGCGGAGAGGAGGGCAAGCUGAAGGAGAGCGACCGCCGGCCGGACAGAGAGGUCCGGGCAGAGCUGCAGGGCUGCGACCUGUGGAAGAGAUUCUACGAGAUCGGCACCGAGAUGAUCAUCACCAAAGCUGGCAGGAGAAUGUUUCCCUCUGUGCGCGUCAAAGUGCGCAACCUGGACCCGUGCCAGCAGUACCACGUCGCAAUGGACGUCAUGCCCGUGGACUCGAAGCGCUACAGGUACGUGUACCACAGCUCGCAGUGGAUGGUGGCGGGAAACACGGACCACUCGUGCAUCUCUCCCAGGCUCUACGUGCACCCGGACUCGCCGUGCGCGGGAGAGACGUGGAUGCGUCAGGUCAUCAGCUUUGAUCGGGUCAAACUCACCAACAACGAGAUCGACGACAAGGGGCAUAUUAUUCUCCAGUCGAUGCAUAAAUACAAGCCACGUGUGCACGUCAUCCGGCACGACCCUCGCAUGGACUUGUCACAGAUCCGGUCGCUGCCUACUGAAGGAGUCCACAGCUUCUCCUUCCCGGAAACAGAGUUCACCACAGUCACUGCUUAUCAGAACCAACAGAUCACAAAACUGAAGAUCGACAGGAACCCGUUCGCCAAAGGCUUCAGAGAUCCAGGAAGGAAUCGGGGAGUGUUGGAUGGCUUGUUGGAGUCGUAUCCCUGGAGGGGCCCGCUCAGCUUCGACUUCAAGCCGUUCGCCAUACAGCUCCAAGGGAGCUCGGGGUCGCCGACCAGCAGUGUGAAGACUCUUCUCCCCCUCUCCUCUUCCUCAUCCCUUCACCCGUUCUCUGUCUCGGCGCUCUCCUGCCAGGACGCCGCCCUCCACGCCUUUGCUCUCCCCCGCCACGGCAGGACUUCCGGCUCGGCGGCGGCGGCGGCCUCCCCAUUGCCCGGCAGGGUCUUCUCCUCCCUGGGAGCAGACAGGCUGAGGGCCCUGCCCCCGCUGUCUCCGCUGACAGACCUCUCGCUCUUCUCGGCGCUGCAGCCAAAGAAACCCCCCCACUGUCUUCUGGAGUCUCCGGGAGGCUCCCCCUGCCUCUUCCCCCUCCACAGCGCCAUCGGCCCUCAGGGGCCUCUGCUGCCUCAUCUCUCUGACGCGGCGGGCCCGUACUGUCUCUACCGCUACAGCUUCCCCCUGAGCCCCCAACUCGCAGCCCUUUCCCGGCACGCCAAACUAGCCGAAAACACCACAGACUGUCUGCUGCGCCAGUCUCCGUGGCACCCGACCACCAACCACUGCCUCUGA